AUGAGAAUCAUCGAUGCUGUGAGAGGGCUUUUAAAGGAGGUUGGACUCCUUGGAAAAGAGGGAUUUGUCCCAAGUCCCACAGUGCAGGAGAACCCGAUGAUAGAUCCGGUAGAUAAGGACAUAUCCACGCCCAGGUCCACAGCGACACCCAGGUCCACAGUGCAAGAGAUUAGAAAAAGUCCUAUUGCGAAAGAAAGAGUUACGACAAGUCCUUUGAUGUGUUCUGUCGGUACCGACGAAUACUAUGAUCAAGAUGUUGGACUUUUUGAGUUAAGAACGAGAGAUGUGACUCCAUUGGAGUCAGAAAAAGAGACGACAACUGCCCAGGAGGCAUUGGUUACAGAGAAAGAACCGUCUCCUAAGGAGAAAGAGGCAUCGAGCAAGGAGAAAGAGCCCUCGCCUAAAGAGGUUGAUCUUUCUUCCAUGGACGCAGAAGUAGGAAGAAAUGUCCCCGAAGAAGAUGCUGAAGAGAAUGAUAGUGACGAUGAUGCUGGCAGUGGCGAUGAGAACACGGAAGAAGAGGGUGACACCGAUGGUGAUGAGGGUGAGACAACCGAUGAAGAUUCUGAAAAGGAUGACGCCGAUGGCGAUGAUACCAAUGGCGAAGAGGGUGAGGGAACCGACGACGAUGAUACAACAGCUGAAUCUUCUGACAAAGAAUCGGCUGCCAAAACCAAUGAAGACACAGAUAUGUCUGCCCCCCCUGUUGAACAUGAAGUCAAUCAACCUCCACCAACAGUUGACUCCUCUGAUACAGAACAGUUGAAAAGAACAAAGAGGAAGCUUACUGAUGAACCAUCCAAAAGAAGCCCUUAUGUAGAACCAACAUCAACUGGUCCACCGACCAAAAGACAAAGAUCUCAGGCUAGAAAAGAAAAGGGUGAGAUUGUUUACCUUUUUGCCCGCGUCAUGGAUGGGUUUGCCGUCAUGGAUAAGGACAGGCACUUUCUUGUGGACAGAGUUCGACUUCAAGGGCAGUUCACCUGUAUGGACUCGCCCAGAAGUCCAAAACCACCACGCUGUCCUUCCCCACUGUUGUAA